AGUCGCCAAGCUCAGUUCUAGUUCAAGAUCAAGACAUGUCUCAGCAAGGAAAGGUUGCUUUGGUCACAGGUGGAGCCAGCGGCAUCGGGAAGUCUUUUGUCCAACAUCUACUUGCAGAAGGCGCACUGGUCUCCAUUUGCGACUUAAACAAAACUAUAGGAGAGAAAGCAGUGGAAGAACUUUCUAGAACAUAUCCCGAAAAAGUUAUCUUUUUGCAAUGUGACGUUACCAAGGAAGAUAAUUUUGAAGAAUGUUUCAAACACACUGCCAGUCGUUUUGGAGGUUUGGAUAUUGUGAUAAAUAAUGCUGGCAUUGCUGAUGAAUGGAGGAAACCGUUUCAAUUGACUGUUGACAUUAAUUUAAAUGCAGUGAUAACUGGAACCAGAUUGGGAUUUAAAUAUAUGAGCAAGGAAAAUGGAGGACAUGGAGGUGUAAUUGUCAAUAUCGCUUCUAUUACAUCUUUUGAACCAUUUCCUUCUCUUCCGGUAUAUUCAGCUACGAAAGCAGCUGUUAAUCAAUUUUCCAGAUCUUAUGGUCACGAUGUCUUCUACCAAAAAUCAGGGGUCAAAGUCAUUUCUAUAAACCCUGGAAUGACUAAAACUCCUCUGACAGAAAAUGCAGUGGAUUAUUAUCAAGGUCUUUCUGACCUACUUGAAAAUUUUAUACAGCAUUUCGGCGAGUAUCCUGCACAAAGUGCUGAUAACAUGGGGAAAGGACUGAUUCAAGUAUUGCAGAAAGCUGAAAAUGGCUCAUUAUGGACAAUUGAAAACGAUGAACCAGCUGCGUUAGCAGACACGUCUAAACCAGCUAAGAAACUGGUUUAAAUAUUAUAAAAAGUCCAAUUUUUUUCUUUUAAUUCAAGGAUGUUUUAUAACUUUUAUAUUGAAAUAAAUAAAAGCGAUGUACACAACUCAUAAUUUUAUACUUGUUGUUUAGUCCUAUUAUUAUCUUUAAAAUAAUAUGUGUGCUAUGUUUUAUAAUCAGAUAUUCAAAUUACAGUAUUUAAUUUUGUUUUUGACAAAUAAAGGAGACAAAUUUUCCGUCUGUGGAUCUGAAUAGUUUUAAGAUACUAGUUAUCAUACAUUUCAAACCUUGUUGCCUUAAUAGUGAACGUUAUAAUGAAAGGGAAAAAUUCAA